UGACACCCUCGCUAGUCGCUACAUGCGAUUCUCUUACCAGAGUCGGAGUGCGACGGCGAUCUUUUGGGCUCUGCACUUUCACCACCACCACCAUUCUCUGAAAAAUGGUCACUUUCAGGUUUCACCAGUACCAGGUGGUGGGGAGAGGUCUGCCAUCGGGCAAGGACGAGUCCCCCAAGAUCUACAGGAUGAAGCUCUGGGCCACCAACGAGGUCCGUGCCAAGUCAAAGUUCUGAGAGCCGAACUGGUUAUCACAAUAUGUACAAGGAGUUCCGUGACACAACUCUUAAUGGUGCCGUGGAACAAAUGUAUAAUGAGAUGGCUUCUCGUCACAGAGUAAGGCAUCCAUGCAUUCAAAUCAUCAAGACGGCUACCGUUCCCGCAAAUCUUUGCAAGAGGGAAAGCACCAAGAAGUUCCAUAACUCUAAAAUUAAGUUUCCAUUGGUGUUUAAGAAGGUUAGGCCACCUACUAGAAAGCUGAAGACAACGUACAAGGCAUCAAGGCCCAACCUGUUUACCUAGGUCUCUUACUGCUUUUUGAUCCCCUCAUCUUAAAGUUUCUCAAACAAUGGAGUAAAACUUGAUGAAGCUAUACAUGGUGAAUUGGUUAUCACAUUGUUAGAGGAGUUCAAUCCUCAGGUGCUAGAACAUCCUUUUGUUGUCUAGCUAUUUUUGUUUUUUUUUUAGAUUUGGAUAUUUGGCGUUUUAAAUGGCACAAUAUUUUGAUGACUUUUGACAUGUCUAGAGUUGUGAUUUGGAAACUUCUCUUGGUAAAUUUAUCCUUGAAUAUGGCAAGUAUACUUCUUGUUUAGCGUGCCUUGCUGGUGCACUGAUGGCUUAUACUAACGAUGCAACCGUAGUAACCAACCCCUUGUUGAUUGAAAGAUCUACCGAGGAUGGUACUUUUUGGAAUUGGUUAUUGGUAACACAAAAGUUUUAGCACACCUCCACAGUGCACUAAUGUCUUGUUAGUUGCAAGUUCUUCUUUGGAGCAAAAAAUGUAGUAAAUUUCUGUAAUAGUAUUUGAAAAAAAAAGGCACUGUCUUCCUUAUCUACCAUG